GGAUUCAAUAACACUUGAAAUUUGAGAGAGAAGAGAGCAGAGGAACGAUGUCGGGUAUGGGAGACGGGUACGUGGGCACGGCCCAGGACGCCGUGAGGAUCCGAAGGCUGGAGAAGCAGAGAGAAGCCGAGCGCCAGAAAAUCCUAGAGCUCAAGACCAAGUCUGCCUCCGACAAAGGCCAGCCCGGCCUCCUCCAAUUCGGCUCCAGCACUUCUGAGAUUCUGGAGACGGCGUUCAAGAAAGAGACCGUCGGAUUGGUCACGAGGGAGCAGUACGUUGAGAAGAGAGUGAAUAUUCGGAACAAAAUCGAGGAGGAGGAGAAGGAGAAGCUCCAGAAGCUUCAGCAGGAAGAGGAGGAGUUUCAGUUACAGAAGAGGAAGAAGAGGAAGGUGAAGGGGAUCAAUCGGUUGUCGUUUGCGGAUGACAUUGAGGAUCCAAGUGAAGAGGAAGAUGAUGGAAAUAAAAGUACAGAGAAUACCAAAUCACGGUCUGGUAGAUUUGGCAAAGAUCCUACUGUCGAAACAAGCUUUCUGCCAGAUAGUGAGCGGGAGGCAGAGGAACAAGCUGAGCGUGAGAGAUUGCGAAAACUGUGGUUUCUUGAGCAGGAGAGAAUACGAAAUGAGCCGCUUCAAAUUACUUACAGUUACUGGGAUGGAGCAGGGCAUAGGCGAACUAUCCAGGUACGAAAGGGGGAUAAAAUAGGAGAUUUUCUUCGCUCUGUCCAACAGCAACUAGCACCUGAGUUUCGAGAAGUUCGAACCACCUCAGUGGAGAAUUUGCUAUAUGUAAAAGAAGAUCUUAUCAUUCCACAUCAACAUAGUUUCUAUGAGCUAAUUGUAAACAAGGCAAGGGGAAAAAGUGGACCGCUUUUCCAUUUUGAUGUGCAUGAGGAUGUGCGAACAAUUGCUGAUGCUACGAUAGAGAAGGAUGAGUCUCAUGCUGGGAAGGUUGUUGAGAGGCAUUGGUAUGACAAGAAUAAGCAUAUCUUCCCUGCUUCUAGAUGGGAGAUAUACGAUCCAACAAAGAAAUGGGAGCGUUACACCAUCCAUGGGGACUGAUUUCAUAGCAGCGACGUGGGAUUCAAUGGAUUGCACCUAUCAUUGGUUUUUGGGCUCAACCUUUGCACCCAAAUUUUUGUAUAAAUUAGACCAUCAACAUGUGACAGUGGGGAUCGUAUGGGGUUGUAGUUUAGUGACUGCAUUUUCUUGAAUCUUUAACAUGCUGAUCAAGCAAUGUAAAACAAUGCAUUUUCUUUAGUUGAUAGUUGAUGACUUAUAUCUUAUAUGCAAGGGAAUCUCUAAUCUCUUU